CUUCACUCGCCAAACAUGGACCUCAACCACAAGUUGAAUCGGGAGCGGUCGUCGUCAGCCAAGUGGGCCAGCGAUGUGCAUCUCGCUGUGGAGUACCUAAAGCGACAGCAUGAAGUCAUCGAGUGGCUGCAACAUGCCAUGGAUCGACCGAUGCCAACACAUGAUCUGCAGGAAUUGCUCAAGUCUGGCGUGGUCCUGCGAGAGUUGAUGGCGAUCUUGGCGCCGACCUCCGCGACACCUAAACCCAUCGCACGUACGUACAGCGCCACUAUGGCGCCGUGGAAAGAGCGGGAGAACAUCAGCGUGUUCCUCACCGAUUGCCGGCGGUUGGGAAUGAGUGAAUGCUCGCUCUUCGGUACCGAUGACCUGUACGAAGGCACGAACAUGGUGCAGGUGAUGUUUGGCAUGCAGUACAUCAAGGCAUGGUUCACAGGCGGAGUAAGAUCGCCGCGAUCUCCCAAGAACUCGUCCGACGGGGUGUGGUCGUUUUCAGAAUCUCAGGUCCAAGAUGUGGUCGCGCAGUUCCAAAAGCACAAGUCCCAAGGCAACCUGCUGCAAGGGUACCUGACGCGACAUGAAAGCAACAGCGACGUGAGCACUCUGCGUGAACCUGAACCUGCGAGCGAAGUCACCACCAAGGAACCAGCGGUGUUCGGCGACGUCCGCAUCCAAAGCGUGGGAUUGCCUGCAUCUCCGUCCACAUCAGAUCUACAUGCAGUGUCGGACAACACCAUUGCUGUGAACCACACGCACCACGAGCAAGUUGAAGCACCAGCUUCAUCUUCCCCAACUACCCGGGAUGACGACGAAGCGAUGGGAACCCCCACGGAACAGUACGUCCUUGCCACGACACCCAUCUUAACAGACCCUCCGAGUGACCAAGUCUCAUCUCACACUGCGAUCCUUCCCUCGGUUCAGCUCAAUGCUAUCUCGGACGAUGCGGCUGUUCCUCAGAUCGACCCCAGCAUGCACCGGGUGCGGUAUGGAUGUUGCUGUCGGGUCAUGUAGGCUGGUUAGUUGCAGAUGAGACUGUCGCCUUGGACUAUAUAUAAUUUACAUAUAUAUA